AUGAGCCACAAUGGCCCUCAACUCGACAAGGAUAGCAUCUGCGGUGUAGGCCCGCUUCAAGAGUCAUCCAACAAUAAUACCACACACUCGGAUUCUUUUGGAGAGGAUGAGGAUAUUUUCAGGGGAGCGACAAAGGAGAUUGUCUUUGGAAGUAUUGCAGGAAUGGUGGCCGAGGUGUUCGAAUACCCUUUCGAUUUGGCCAAAGUGAGGCUACAGGCCCAAUUGCUUUCGCCUGCCCAGAACGCUUCGGAUGCGCUGCGUUUCAAAGGCCCCAUGGACUGCUUGAUGCAGACCUGGAAAGACGAAGGCGCCAGGGGACUUUAUCGGGGCAUGUCGGCACCCCUGGCAGGUUCAAUGGCCGUCACGGCCGCCCUCUUCCUUUCUUAUGCCUCCUUCCAGAACAUUAUCCGCAAGACCCAGCUCGACCCCAAGCAAGCUUUGUCGAUGCCCCAGCUUGCCCUCGCAGGAGCCGGCGCAGGCUCCGUAGCGAGCUUCGUUUUGACACCCAUCGAACUGGUCAAGUGCAAAAUGCAGGUGCAGAUGAUGAAUCUAGCUAGGCCUGGGUCCAGCUCCUCAAUUGCAGUACCGGGUCGGAUACCCCACCGGUCCCCUCUACCCUCUUCCACCGCCGUCAAGGGCAAGGGGAAGAUGGUGGACGGGAAGAGAUCCUACCACCAGGCGGCUUGCAAAGUCAAGACUGCGUCCAUCCCUCUGCGACCGAUUUCGACAGCUCCACCAGGCGCCAUCUCCCUCGUCCGAUCCAUCAUCGCUACCCACGGCGUUCGAGGUCUCUGGCUCGGCCACACUGGCACUCUCUUCCGCGAAACAGGCGGCAGCAUGGCGUGGUUCAUCGUCAAAGAGUAUGUUGCCCGCGCGCUGGUCGAGAGACGGCUGGGAUCUUCCGGGACGGAGAGGACGAAGAAGGAGAUGAUGCCGCUGGCUUGGGAGAGCGCGGUGUCGGGUGCGAUGGCGGGUGCUGCUGGUGCAGUCGUUCUAUAUCCUGCCGACACCGUGAAGAGUGCGAUCCAGACUGAGGAGGAGAUGCGUGGGCUAGGGGGUAAGGGGAAGAGGCUGGGGAGGGCGACGACGAAGCAUGGGUUUUGGCGGACGGCGAUGAAGAUGUAUAAGAUACAUGGGGUUCGGGGGUUGUAUGCUGGGUGUGGGAUGACUGUUGCGAGAGCUAUCCCAAGCAGUGGUAUUAUCUUUGUCGUAUAUGAUGGCCUUUGUGCUUGGUUUGGAGAGUAG